CCUGCGGGAGGCGGAGCGGCAGCGUCUUCAGACUCUCCUCCACCAGGAGGUCCUGCGGAGGAUCGUCACGCUGCAGCGCCGCUUCAGAGCCGUCCUGGAGAGGAAGCACUUUUUGGAAAUGAGGAGAGCUGCCUUCGUCAUCCAGCGAUGGUGGCGAUGCUGCCUUCUCAAACAGUCCACCAUGGACCGGGAGGAUGAUGAGGAGGAUGAGGAAGAGGAGGAGGAGGCGGCAGCGGUGUGUGUGCAGGCGGCCUGGAGGAGCUACAGGCAGCGGAGGAGGUUCCUGCAGUGGCGAGACGCUGCCGUCGUCAUCCAGAGGAGCUGGAGGAAGUGCCGGCAGCGCAGAUCUGAGGCAGCCGUAAGGAUCCAAUCAGCCUGGAGAGGACUCAGGGAGCGGAGCCGCUACCGCAGGACGAGCAGGGCGGUGACGCUGCUGCAGGCCAGAGGCAGGGGACACCUGGCCAGACUCAGGUUCAGGGACGUGAAGCAGCAGCAUGAGAGACAUCAGAGUCCAGCAGCAGCAGAGAUGGAUGCAGGAACCAUGGAGGACCUCACCUCAUCAGGACAGGAAGUUUGCGAUCAGGAUAUUUCAGUAGAACUGACUGAAGACCCUCAGCCUGCCGUGUUAGACGGGGGAGACAUGGAGAGAGAGGAGGACUCUGAGCGGAGCAGGAGCAUGAGCAUGGACGAGACCAGCGAUAAGAUCAGGAUAAAGAGAAAGAGCCGACGGAUGAGAGAGCUGGAGCAGGCUCAGUUCAGCUUAGAGCUUCUGAAGGUCCGGACCACCAGCGUGCAGGAAGAGUCCGUCCCUGAAACCAGCACCUGUACUCUGGAAGACCCUCACAGACUUUCCCCUCGGGGGUCUCCAGCUAGUCACGGUAGUUUUGAGCUCCUCGGUGUGGAGGACAUGGAGACCGACGGCUCUGGAGGUGUUAUCCCAGAGUCUACUGCACUGCAUACGCAACUACAUGAGAGAGAUGCUAACUUUAAUGAAAAGCCAGUGAUGGAGCCGCCAAACAAAGCAGAGGGCGGGAAAGCAACGUUUUAUAUCGCUUCUGACCAAAGUCCAGUUCAUGAACCAACAUUCAAAAGCCCCAGCAAAUCUGAGAGAAGGGAGUCCACGUCUCGGAGGCCUGUGGUGGUUCUGAUCAGUAUGCAGAAGGAGAGUCCAUUGGAGGAGGGGGAGCUGCUGGCAGCCCACAUCCUAGAAGGAGCUUCUGAAGCAGCAUCAGCCCCCGAAACGACCCCCGCUACAGACCCAGAGGUUGUAGAGAUGGAGCAACCUGUAGGGAUUAUUACCCAGCCUGAGAGUGAUGUAUGUGCGGCGGACAAAUCCCCUGAAGUCCCGCCUUUAAGUCCAGAAUCCGGGGUCUGCUCCUCAGAGGUGGACAUCCAGAUCGUCCUGCAGCCGAAGCCCAGCGUC